AUGAGUAGCUUAAAAGCCUCUGCCAAACAUUUCAUAGUACCCAAAGAUUUCCUCUAUUGCAUCGACUUCUUCGCCCAACCCAAGAACCGGCAGCCCCCCACCCCAACCAACCAUGCCGCUCCAAAACUGAGAAUGACAAUGGACGCGGUUUCUGCUGUUGAAACAGAACACAGGACAGAGGAUAUGGUGCUGAGAUGGCUUGAUGAACUGCCUGACAAGUUUUCACGCAUCCCUGGAGAUUCAAAAUCGAAAGUUCGUGCAUUGCAACUGGAAAAAUUGGAAAGAGAGAGAGAUAUGGCAUACCGUAUGAUACUGGCACAACAGUCGCAGCCGCACUUCAACAACACGGAGCGGAUGACGGUAAUGAAAUUUGGAGUUGAAGAGUACCUGAGACUUAUCGAGCCAGAUCGGCAACGAUUCCUCGAGGAGUUGGCUGCUGAGAGCAAGGAAGUGAAAGGACAAAAGCACAAAAGCGAUACCAAAGAGCAGCCAAACUUUCUUCCGGCAGAACAUUUCGAGAAGACCCUGAAUGAUCCACGAAGCAGAGAGUAUAUGGAGACAAGAGAAUCAUUUCCACCUUGGGCGGAUCCUUCACCUUCGUAUGGCCCCCCUCCCCCGAUUCCGCCACGGUCGAUGUUGCGGCCGAGUGUAGCGACAUUCUCUGAGACAGCUCCAGGAACCAUUCAGCACGCUGAGCUUCUCAAUGCCAGUUCUUCCCAAUACUCAUCAGUGGUGGAUGUACUACCGAGAGAAUCAACGGCCAAUGGUAGGAGUGGUGGCGCGAGGGAUUCGGAGUUAGGGACUCGGAGAGACAAUCCUGGGCUCAUGGCUGAGUUGAGACUUGGAAUGGAAAGACGCAGACAGAGGGAGAGAGCGAUAGACGAUGACUUGGAGAAGGAAUGUGAGCCGGAGACCAGUAUCAGCAAGGUGUGGGCGUUGAAGCUGUGGAAGUAG